AUGACCAUGAAGGUGGCGGUUGGACUGCGGGAAAUAGGGCCUGGGAUAGGGAUACGAGGUUACAUGGAAAUCAUAUCCAGUGUUUGGAAAGAUAGGGAAACAGAGACGCAUAGAGAGAGAGAAAUGAGCCCCUCAUUUUCCACUGAUCUUAUCCCAUUGGGAGGGGUGGGAUGUGAGCCGGAUACGGCGACCUGUGCAGCGGUGCUCAUCGUCGACGUCGUCCUGCGCUGCUCAGGCCGCCGGAGCCGCUGCUCGCCUCGGAUGCGCCGCGCCGCCGGAGCCACCGCCGCUUGCCUCGGAUGCACCACGCCACAGCUCACCUCGGAUGCGCCGCGACGCCGGAGCAGUAGCCAGCUCGCCUCGCAUGGGCCUAGCUCGAAGCCGCUCGCCUCGGAUGCGCUUCGCUGCCGGGCCAUAGCUGCUUGCCACGCCGCCGGAGCUGCAACACUUGGGUCGCAUGUGCCGCGCCGCCAAGAUGCAGCCGCUCGCCUGGCACAGCACGCCGUAUUCUGUUGUGAACUUGUGGACAGGCUUGGAGAUAAGGUAGGCCUGGUCGGUGGUAACUGGUAA